CUACGGCGUGGAUUUGAGAGCACAAACUCCGACUGCGACUCCGCUUCGAUUGCUGUCUCAAUCAGGGGGGCAAAGCAACCUCUGCCAGCCAGCGGUUUCUUCUUCAUUUGUUAUUUUUUGCUAGUGGAAUUCCAGCUCCUGUGCUCCUGCCUUCACCAUGCAUUCGCCGGCUUCCAAAGUGUCGGGCUACAUUGUCCUGAUGAUUGUGCAAAUAAUUUUCCUGGUUCUAUUCUGGCUGUUCGUGCGUUACGAGAAGACGGCCCUGCCGCCGGCACUCCGUACUGAAGACGCUGGAUCAGCAAACGAACACGUUUCGAAAUAUCCGCAGUUCCAGGACAUACAGGUGAUGAUCUUCAUUGGCUUUGGCUUCUUGAUGACCUUCCUGCGCAAGUACGGCUACAGUGCCACGGGCUUCACUUUGUUCAUGGCUGCCCUGGUGGUUCAGUGGUCCAUCCUAAUGAAGGGAUUCCUGCACAUGGAGGGCGGCAAGAUCAGCCUCUCGCUGGAGAACAUCAUCGAUGCGGACAUUGCCGCCGCCGUGCCCCUAAUUAGCAUGGGCGCCCUGCUGGGUCGCACCACACCCAUUCAGCUUCUGUGCAUGUCCAUCUUCGAGGUGGCUCUGUUCGCGGCCAACGAGUAUCUGGCCCUCAAUGUCCUCAGCAUCUGCGACUGCGGCGGCUCCAUCACCGUCCACGCCUUUGGCGCCUACUUUGGAUUGGCCGUGGCCCUGAUGCUGCGUCCCGCCAGCGACCAGAACGAGGCGGGCAAGCACGAGGGCGCCAACUACACAUCCGACAUUCUGGCCAUGAUCGGCACCACCUUCCUGUGGGUCUACUGGCCCAGCUUCAACUCAGUUCUGGCCGCGGGCACUGGCGCCGAGCGGGCCAUUUUGAACACGUUUCUGUCAUUAGCCGCGGCAACAGUGACCACCUUCGUUGUGUCCGCACUUGUCAGCCAUGAGAAUAAAUUGGAUAUGGUGCACGUGCAGAACUCGACUCUCGCCGGCGGCGUGGCCGUGGGAACCGUUUGCAACCUGCUGCUCGGCGCACACGGCGCUGUCUUAAUUGGCAUUAUCGCCGGCACGGUUUCGGUGCUCGGCUAUCGCUAUUUAACCCCCUGGCUAACGUCGAAUCUGCGGCUGCAUGACACCUGUGGCGUUCACAAUCUGCAUGGAAUGCCGGCGCUGAUUUCGGCCAUUGCCUCAGCUAUUUAUGCCUCGAUGGUCACCCAGGAUGACUACAAAGCCGAGUUGCAGGACAUUUUUCCAGCCAUGGUUGGCAACAAUGCCACUGCCACCAAAAUUAUGGGCGGUUUGGGCCGGAAUGCCAGUUCCCAGGCGGGCUAUCAAUUGUUUGGCAUUGCCUUGACGCUGCUCAUUGCCAUAGGCGGUGGAAUUUUGACAGGCACCGUUUUGAAGUACACUAAUUUCCGGAACCUGCAGAAGGACGAACAGCACCAGGACGAGCAGUACUGGGAGGUGCCAGCCCUGGAGAACAAAGAGGAAUAGUUAAGUUUUGUGCCUGUCCACCACGCCACCACACCACACGAGUAUCGAAUGUGCCUUGUCUAAUUACCUACGAUUAUAUUUAAAUUUUCCUUAAUUUACUUAAUUUUAUUAUAUGUACAUUUAUUAUGAUAUGCAUCCAGCAUCCACCAAAGCCUGCUUUUGUCCUGCAACUGUUUGUGCCCUACCCUUAGCCCGUCGAAAGUUUGUGUGUUUAAUUUUAA